AAACAGACUUUUAAAAAGGAAUGUAGUACUGAUACUGCUACAACAUAGAUGAACCUUGAAAGCAUUAUGCAAAGAAAGAAGCCAGACACUAAAGACCACAUAUUGUGUGGUUCUAUUCAUAUGAAAGUCCAAAAUAGGAAAAUCUAUAGAGACAGAAAGUAAAUUAGUGGUUGCUUAGGGCUUUUGGGGAAAUGAUAGAGGAUAGAAGAGUAUAGCUAAAGGGUCCAGGGUUUCUUUCUGAGGUGACUAAAAUAUUGUAAAAUUGACUGUAGUCAUGGUUGCACAUAUCUGGCACACUAAGAGCCAUUGAAUUGUACACUUUAAAUGGGUGAAUUCAUUGUGAAUUAUAUCUUAAUAGAGCUGUUUUUUUUUUAAAACAGCCUUGAUAGAAUUGUGAUUGGAUGUGCCUAAUAUUUAAAAUUGACAAAAAAAUUGGAGUUUAUCAUUACAGUUCUCAAGCAAUAAAAGCUAGCAGAGAUAAUUUUCUUUUAAGGAUUUUCUAUUGUGAUAAUGUCAAUAUGGCCAUAUCUCCAAAAGAUUGAUCAGACUGCCGAUGCAAGUUUUUUGGGCUGGGUUAUUGCUUCUUUUAGCCUUGGCCAAAUGGUAGCUUCACCUAUAUUUGGUUUGUGGUCUAACUAUCGACCAAGAAAAGAACCUCUUACUGUUUCCAUUUUCAUUUCGGUGGCAGCCAACUGCCUGUAUGCAUAUGUCCAGGUUCCAGCUUCUCAUAAUAAAUACUACAUGUUGGUUGCUCGUGGAUUGGUGGGAUUUGGAGCAGGAAAUGUAGCUGUUAUUAGAUCAUAUAUUGCUGGUGCUACCUCUCUUCAGGAAAGAACAAGUUCCAUGGCAAACACAAGUGCAUGUCAAGCAUUAGGUUUUAUUCUAGGUCCAGUUUUUCAGACUUGUUUUGCACUCAUUGGAGAAAAGGGCGUGACAUGGGAUACCAUUAAGCUGCAGAUAAACAUGUACACAGCACCAGUUUUACUUGGCGCCUUCCUGGGAAUUUUAAAUAUUAUUCUGAUUCUUGCUGUAUUAAGAGAACAUCGUGUGGAUGACUCAGGACGACAGUGUAAAAGUAUUAAUUUUGAAGAAGCAAGUACAGAUGAAGUUCAGGUCCCCCAAGGAAAUAUUGAUCAAGUUGCUGUUAUGGCCACCAAUGUUCUGUUUUUUGUGAUUCUGUUUAUCUUUGCCCUUUUUGAAACCAUUGUUACUCCAUUAACAAUGGAUAUGUAUGCCUGGACCAGAGAACAAGCUGUGUUAUAUGAUGGCAUAAUACUUGCUGCUCUUGGAGUGGAGGCAGUUAUUAUUUUCAUGGGGAUAAAAUUACUUUCCAAAAAGGUUGGUGAGCGUGCUAUUCUACUGGGAGGACUCAUUGUUGUAUGGGUUGGCUUCUUUAUCUUGUUACCUUGGGGACAUCAGUUUCCCAAAAUACAGUGGGAAGAUUUACAUAAUAAUUCAAUCCCUAAUACCACAUUUGGAGAAAUAAUUGUUACUCUUUGGAAGAUUCCAAGAGAUCACAAUGAAGGACCAACUGGUUGCCCAGUUGAACAAGCCUGGUGCCUCUACACCCCCAUGAUCCAUCUGGCCCAGUUCCUCACAUCAGCUGUGCUAAUUGGAAUAGGCUAUCCAUCCUGCAAUGUUAUGUCAUAUACAUUAUAUUCAAAAAUUCUGGGGCCAAAACCUCAGGGUAUAUACAUGGGCUGGUUAACAGCGUCUGGAAGUGCAGCACGGAUUCUUGGACCCGUCUUCAUCAGCCAAGUGUACGCUGCCUGGGGUCCACGAUGGGCUUUCAGCCUUGUGUGUGGAAUGGUGGUGCUCACCAUCACACUCCUGGGUGUGGUUUAUAGAAGACUCAUUGCUUUUUCUGUAAGGCAUGGAAGGAUUCAAGAAUAACCUAGCUAAGGCUGUGGUGGAAAGUACUUGCUGUGUGGAGCUUUCUCUUUUAAGGCUCUGCUAGACGAUUGCUAAGAGUCAGUUUCCUAAAGUCAGGUUGUAGAUAUUGCAUAUGUUGAAUAACAAGAACAUAUAUUGAAUAAAAUAGGGAAUUCUAUGUGUAAUUAUGAAUAGCAAGAUAAUAUAUAAAUUCUGGAUCAUAGUUUCCUUAUCUCAAAAAAGAAAUAGUCUUCAUAUGACAUUUUUUUGGGGGUGGCAUAAAGUCAUGAGUGAAUAGACAGUGGUCUAUAAAUGUGAAGUUAUACUCUUAAGUCAAACUGCAGAGGCGUCAUUAAAAUAACAAGAGAAUAUCUAUGCAGUGAAAUCAUAAGGAGAGUUCUAUAUGAAUUACCUGUAAUAGAAUGAAAUUAUAGAAAUUUUUUACCUAACAGAGGUACCUUUAUUCAUAGCUAUCUCCUUUUUAUUUAUUAAAAAUUCAUUUUUCUGUUAUUAUAAAGUUUUCCUUAUGAAAUAAAAUCAUGACUUAAAUUUUAUACUUACCAUGCCUGCCAUCCUCCCUUAGCUUCUAUAAGUCAUGAUUUUUAAUACUACACUUUCCAUCUUAUUUUAGUUCAGGAUCUUACUAAUUAACCCCUAAGUUAAUGGAUGUGUAUGAAUAAUGCUCAUAUUUGAGCAAUAAAGAGGAUUAAGAGAUUAAGAUGGAUUUUUCUACCUGUAGUACAGAUAACUACUUUUUUCUUUCAAGUCCUAAUAAAUAAUUCACUUUAGAAACAUAAGCCAGAUAUGUGUUAUUAUAUACAUAUACUGAACAGAAAACUGUUAAAAUUAUUGGCAUUUUCUAAUUCCCUUAAAUUCUAGAGAAAAACUAUUACCUUAUUUAUUUUUUCUCUCUCAGUAGUGGUAGGGAAGACCCAACGGUUUUCAAUCUGUGUCUGCAUAGCUACUCAGAACUGCAGAAUUUUAAAUUUGGAUAGGCCCGACAGCCCCAAUAUAGGCAGGCUAAUAAAUCUGAGGUAAAAUAGCUGUAAUCUAACAGUUUACCAAGUUUACUAGAAAUUGGCUAAAUCACACUAUGUAUACUUUACUACUUCACAUAAGUUGAAUGCUGCUAAAAGGGACUAGUACAGAACUAUCUAUAUGGAUAAUCAGUAUUACCCAAAAAUGCAAAAAUAUUUCUAAAUACUUUUCCAAAUGUU